AUGGCUGAGCGAAGCUCUCUAAGCAUCGCGAUAGUGGGCGGAGGUAUCGCGGGCCUGACGCUGACCGUUGCGCUGCUCACAAAAUGCCCGCACAUAAAGGUCACACUGUAUGAGUCUGCUGCGGCUUUUGGCGAGAUCGGCGCUGGUGUUGGGUUCUCGCCCGUCAUGGUCCGCACCAUGGGUAUGAUCGACCCACGAAUCGAGGCCGCCUUCAUCAAGUGCAACAAAGGAAACGUCAACCCAGAUCCACCGGUAUGGUUCACAGCGAGGGUGGGAGACAAGAGGAAGAAGGGCGUUGAGCUAGGGGAAGAAUCAUUCACUAUUCCAGCAAGAGAGGGACCGAAUGGCGGAGUCCAUCGUGCGCAAUUUCUUGAUGAGCUUGUCAAACUGGUUCCAGAAGGUGUUGCGCAGUUCAAGAAAAGGUUGCGUGAUAUCACAGAAGCAACUGAUGGAUCUGGAGAUGCGAUUCUCCAUUUCGCCGACGGGUCUACUGCACAGCAUAGUGCAGUACUGGGUUGCGACGGUAUCAAGUCGCGCGUACGGCAAAUUGUGCUAGGCGAUGUGCCGGAAGCGCAAGCAGUCUUCUCAGGAAAAUACGCUUAUCGUGGAAUCUUUCCCAUGACGAAGGCAAUUGAGAUCUUGGGCGAAGAGAUACCGAAAAUGCCGCAAAUGUGGCUUGGCUACCAUGCCCACAUACUCACGUUUCCCAUAGCAAAUGGAACGCUGUUUAAUGUUGUCGCAUUUGGGUCGCGACCCACUUGGGAGGAUAAGAACUGGGUGGUGCAGACGUCUCGCGACGAGAUGAUGGAAGACUUCAAACACUUCAUACCUGCCGCUCAAAAGAUCAUAGAGAAUAUGCAAAAGCCAGAUAUCUGGGCGCUGUUCUACCAUCUUCCUGCGGCAACCUACUACACCACCAAGCCUUUGAUCUGCCUUGUAGGUGACGCUGCACAUGCCUCAACGCCUCAACAGGGGUCUGGAGCUGGCAUGUGUAUCGAGGAUGUCCACGUUCUUAGCGAGCUGUUGUCGGCAUGUCGUCAGAAAGAACAACUUACAAAUGUGUUCCAUGCGUACGAUGCAGUCCGAAGACCGCGCAGUCAGAGACUAGUGGCGACAAGCAAGGAGGCUGGUAAGCUGUGGGAGUUUGAGGGAGAAGGUGUAGGUGAUGAUUUAGAUGCUUUGCGAAACAAUGCGCUAUCGAGGAUGGAUUGGAUUUGGGAUCAUGAGAUAUCGAAGGACCUUAUGACAGCGAAACUUAUGAUGAAAGAAGGCCUGCCGAACACUCCGUAG